UUUGUAAAGCACUGAAUGCUCCUAGGAACAUUUUAUUUAUUUAAAUGCAAAGUAUUCAACUCCUCUCUCUUUCUGUCUUUGAAGGCAUCGCUGCUGCACCAGUUUCAGAGGCUUCAGAGUACGUUGGUCAUAGCAGAACACAACAAUGAGACUCUUACACCCAUUACACUCAAUGCAGUCACUGCAGCAAAACGUCUCGGAGGUGAAGUUUCCUGCUUGGUUGCUGGGACCAGUUGUGACAAGGUAGCACAAGAACUCAGCAAGGUGCAGGGUGUUGCAAAAGUUCUUGUGGCUCAGCAUGACGUAUACAAGGGAUUUCUAGCAGAGGAGCUGACUUCCUUGGUUUUGGAAACUCAGAAACAAUUUAAAUACACUCACAUUUGUGCUGGAGCAUCUGCCUUUGGGAAGAAUCUUAUUCCCAGAGUGGCUGCUAAGCUGGAUGUUGCUCCUGUUUCUGACAUCAUUGAGAUUAAAUCACCCAACACUUUUGUGAGAACUAUCUAUGCAGGAAAUGUUCUUUGCACUGUCCAGUGUGAUGAAGCAGUUAAAGUGUUUUCUGUACGGGGAACAUCUUUUGAAGCUGCACCAACGAGCGGCGGCAGCGCCAGUGUGGAGAAAGUGACACCUCCAGCUCCUGUUGGUCUGUCGGAAUGGAUUGAGCAGAAGCUGUCAAAAAGUGACCGGCCUGAGCUUACGAGUGCAAGAGUGGUUGUAUCAGGUGGUAAGUAGUGUGCUGUUGUGCAUUUCU